AUGUUUACAAAACUUUUCAGCACAUUUCGACAUUAAAAUAUCUUCAGAAAUUAUGGCAAAUAGUUUAUGCUAGUUGGAUUAUUAUCAACAAUUUGUUAUCGAUAGAAGCUAAGCCUAUAAGUGAACCCAAACAUCAAACAAUAUGGCGAUAAUUUGAAUCGAGCAUUCAAAAGAGCAUUAGUACCUGAAGAUGAUUUUUAUAAAAAUACUAUCAUCUUGUCGGGAAAUUCUAAUAAAGAGUUAGCUGAAGAGAUAGCUGAAUAUUUGAAUAUUAAAUUAGGCAGUGUCACUAUUGGAAGAUUUGCAGAUGGAGAAUGUCAAAUUUAAGUUCUUGAUAAUAUUAGAGGAAAGGAUGUUUUUAUCAUACAAUCGACAUCUCCUCCCGUUAAUGAUAAUUUGAUGGAAUUAUUGUUAUUAGUCUCUGCCUUAAGAAGAGCAUCAGCCAGAAAAAUUAUAGUUGUGGUUCCAUAUUAUGGAUACGCAAGACAAGAUAGGAAAUGUGCACCAAGAGUUCCGAUAUCAGCAGCAGAUGUUGCUAGACUCUUAGAAACAGUUGGAGUAGAUAGACUUAUAUCAGUUGAUUUACAUUGCGGAUAAAUUCAAGGGUUCUUUGGACCUAGAGUGCCAGUAGAUAAUCUUGAAGCAAAUUUAGUUGCUCAGAAUUACUUAUCACUCUAGAAGAAAUAUGAAUUUAAGGAUGUUGCAAUUGUCUCCCCAGAUGCAGGUGGUGUUUAUAGAGCAAAGAAAUUUUAAGAAUAAUUUGACUAGCAUCAUCCAGGAAUGCAAUCUCAUUUGGCUAUGAUUAUCAAGUAAAGAGAAGGGCCAGGAAAAAUAGCAUCCAUGAACUUAGUUGGUUAAGUCAAAGGAAAAGAUUGCAUUAUAGUGGAUGACAUAAUCGAUACUGCAGGUACACUCUCUGAGGCUGCCAGGGUACUCAAAGAACAAGGAGCCAAAAGAGUCUUUGCAUUUGCAACUCAUGCGUUGUUCUCUGGUAAAGCAUUCGCACAUCUCGGUGCUCCUUUUCUAGAUUAGAUCAUAGUUACUAACACAAUUCCUUCAAAACCAUAAGAGGAGGUCUUGGGAGACAAAAUAUGUAGAUUAUCCGUUGCUCCUUUAUUGGCUGAAGCUAUUUAUAGGGUCUAAAAAAAGGAAAGCGUUUCAACUUUAUUUGAUAUCAAACAUUGAUUUUAUUAUCGAAUUUUAGAAGUUCAUUUUUAUUUU